GCCCAGAGGAUGGACUUCCGUCUUCGGGAGGCGGGAGAGAAAGGAGCGUCGGGGCGCGGAGUGCGCUUGCUCAGUGUAGCGUCCGCGCAGUUUCGCUCCGCCCUAAGUCUAGUGGCGCCGGCUAUCGCGACAAGAGCGAAGCCUUAGGGGGUUCACCGGCCCAGGAAGGCGCUUCGCUCAUCGUGGAGUGCUCUGAGUCUAACUUCACACCUCACGCUUAGUGUGUCUGACGGUUAUUUAAGGACGGGCCAUCUCCUUCCCGUCCGACUCCGUGUUCAACCGCGCGGACCCACAAACUAGGGCCGCGCCGCCAGCCCGACAACGCGCAGGCGCAGUCACCCGGCUGAGACUUCCGAGGUUGCUCCCUGAGACUUUUGUGGCGCUGGCUGCGGCUUCGGGGACGACGGCGGCCGAGAGGCAGGGCGCGCUUUGGUUCGCGCGGAACCGGGCGGCGGGAUGCGGUACAACGAGAAAGAGUUGCAGGCGCUGUCCCGGCAGCCGGCAGAGAUGGCGGCCGAGCUAGGCAUGCGGGGCCCCAAGAAGGGCAGCGUGGCCAAGCGGCGGCUGGUGAAGCUGGUGGUCAACUUCCUCUUUUACUUCCGCCCGGACGAGGCCGAGCCCCUCGGAGCCCUGUUGCUGGAGCGCUGCAGAGUGGCCCAGGAAGAACCGGGCGGCUUCUCCAUCAGCUUCGUGGAAGACCUCAGCAGGAAAUAUCACUUUGAAUGCUGUAGCCAAGAGCAGUGUCAGGAAUGGAUGGAGGCUCUGCAGCGGGCCAGCUACGAAUACAUGCGACGGAGCCUUAUCUUCUACAGGAAUGAAAUCAGGAAGAUGACUGGCAAGGACCCCCUGGAGCAGUUCGGCAUCUCCGAGGAGGCCAGGUUCCAGCUGAAUAGCCUGCCUAAGGAUGGGCGGACUGCUUGUAUUGGCUCCCAGUUAGAUGUGUUGGACUGACCCUCUCUGGGGCCCUGGCUACCCUAGGAAGUUUGUUUGUUUGUUUAUUUUUUUAAUAGGUUUAAAUACAUCUGUUCAAAGGUCCAGAGGAGGUAGGCAGGGUCUGUGGUCCUCGUUCUCCAUGUCAUCUCCCUGCCAGCACCCCUUGAGUGUUCACAUCCAGGGACCGCGCCUGGCACAGCUCCCCUGUCCAUUGCCAGAUGAAUGUAUGAUGCUAGAUGAAGCUGUGAACCCCCUCCUGCUGAUAGAGCAGGCCAUGGGUGCUGGCCUCAGUGUUCAGCCUGCUCUUUAAUAAAGGUACCUCUUUUUUGA